UCACUGAAAAAAAUAAUUCUAACUUUAUGAUUCUUUUAAAGCUGGAAUGUCUUGCAUUUACAAUAAUGAUUGUCAUGGGUAUGGUUGUGGAAGCGGUUUGUAUCCACAAUGUGCUAACCUAGACGGUCACUCUCGAUGUCUCUGUGAAGCAUCGUCCCCAUCCACCAGACAUGAAUGUGAACAAAGUUCCGACUGUACUACAUGCUCCGAAUAUGAAGUUGGCCAGUGCAACCACAACCAGUGUACCUGCUCUGUUUGCACAGAACAUAGUCAUUGUCUUUGCCCUCAAGGACUGAUUGGCCAAUGUCACUUUGAUUAUAUACAUAAUUAUCAUAGAUGUAUUUGUGGACUAGCACCAGACACAACAAUAAAGACAACAAGUACGACAGUAGCAACAACAAGCACAACGACAAAAACAACAAUAGCAGGUAUUCAGUGUCCCACAUGUGACGAAACAUUAAACUGCGUGUGGAAUCAGACAUGUUAUCCGGAAGAGAGUUGUAUGAUACGAAGCAGAUAUCAAGGAACAAAGUUUACAACGCAUUGUACAAGGAAAGAGGACUGCUCUUUUAUAAAGAAUUUGAUGCACAAUGGAGAAGUCUUCUGUUGUAAUGACCGGGUUUGCUUACAAACCUACCUUGGAGUCUAACCUAAUG